CUGGGUGCGAAACGGCCAGGGGAAACAUGGGCGAGCAGAGAUGACAGGAUCGAAUGGCAAUUGCUGAAGGCUGCGCCCCACAUCUCAGCCCAAUGCGGUUAGCGGGCCAGGGAGUAACAGGGUUGGGACACGCUGCCGUCGCCCCUUCCCUCCAUCUCAUCACCGCCGAAAGUAUCCCGUCCCCUUUUUCGCAGGCCCGGAAGGUGCACACCCAGCUUUCGCCUAGCUGCCCGGUCUGCGCGACGCUUCUUGUUUCUUCCUUCCUCUCACACUCCUCUCCCCGUCACCUCCCCUCCCCUCCUCUCUACACCACCACCUCUCUCUCCAUCCCCCGUUUGCUCCUCACAUUCGUUUGGCGGAGGAUCGUUGCUCCCGAACGCUGCGCCCGAAACUCUGCAGCGGGUUCGCAGCCGUGCUACCCCCAAUCCGCCAAUCAGCGCGCCUGGCUUUCCGCGCGUUCUCACAGCAACAAGCACUCCCUGCAUCCACGCUCGCUGCACCACCCCCCUCCCACACAACCACAUCACCGCCGCAACCGUCCUUGUUGCAAAGCAGUCCUCUGCCGCCAACAUCCUGGGCUUUCGCAUCCCAGUAGGCGAGCUGUUGUUGACGAGAGUGCCUGAGACGCGCUUUCCCAUCAAAUUUGCACACGGUCCACUUUUGGAACCGGAGGUCAGCACGUCGACAACUCCCUUUACCCCCUCCCCCAAUUCAAGAACGCUGCCUCGACGCGUCAAACACACGGAAUCUGGCAUCCCGUCGAUGGUAACCAUCUGAAUUGGUA